AUGGCGACCGUCAAUCAAAACAUGUUCGGAGCGACCAUCACUCAACCGCCUGGCGGUGCCCAGUUGAUGGUUCUGCCGUUAAACCUCAUCGCCGAGAUUGUGUCACAUGUCCGCGACACAGGUGAUCUCGCCCGGUUAUGUCAAACAUGUCGCGUCCUCAAUUAUAUGGCUCUGCCGCAACUAUACCGGAGCCUAACGCUGACCUCCUACGACAAAAUCCGUUAUCGUGGCGAACAACCAGAAGGAAUCGGGAGUGCCAGUCCCUUCACGAUGGCGUUGAAUGCGCUCGUUACACGAUCUUAUGCGACGCUAGUACAGUCAAUUACUCUACGAGGGGAAUGGAAGGAACACGAGUUGGAGGAGUAUGCCCGAGUCGGCCGGGUGCCCGACGCAUCGAUGUUGCUGAAUAUCGCCGCCCGCGCCGCCAUAGACCGCAUGCCCAAUUUGGAAAGCUUUCAUUGGGAACUGAACACGAAAAUGCUCGACACAAUUUAUACAGGGCUGACGCAGCUCCCGAAGCUCACGUCCCUGACUAUCAGAUUUCCGUCCAGUCGUCAUCCACAGCCCACUUUCGUGAUUCCCGGCAUGCCGCAUUUGCGAUGUCUCAAAAUCACCGAUAUCGACCCGCUAUGCUACCCCGAUGAUAUUGCAACUCUUCUUUGUAAAAGUAGGAAACUGCGUGAAUUGAAAUUACAUUGGUCGCCACGAAUGAGGGACGCACACGAGCCUAGUGUCUCUUUGCGUGAUUACUUCCGCAAGCUGAUCGCAGCCAAGCAGCCCCUGGCGGUUAAGAAGAUGUCGUUCCAGAAUUUGUAUGCCUUCCACACCGAGGAGUUCAACUUCGCUUUUGAUCCGACUACAGUUGAAGAUGUCACAUUCCUCAGUGGUGUUGAGGGCUCUAGCCUGGUCAAUACAUUCGUCGAGAGUAGCUGGCCAACAAUCCCGCCACAUGCCAAGCUUCGCAUGAAAUCCGUUCGGUUGGAUGCAGUGUCUAAACGGAACUCGGAGUUCAUUGGGAAUUUCUCUGGACUCGAGCGGCUAUAUUUCGUCAACGUCACCGCCGAAUCAAGCGACCUUCUCAAUUCCCCACGACCCGGAGGAGGCGCGGCCUCAUCCGCCCUCACGCCGCCAGUAUCCGAACAUCAAUUGUCUGGUGCACCCAACGGAACCACAACCAACUCUCCCAUUACUUCUGCUUCUCCGGCUAGUCAGCUCAAUGCUGUAGCUAACAUACGAGACAUCUACCUCUCACACAUUACCACAAACCACGGUGCGACAUUGCGCCAUCUCCUUCUCCCAUCUAAAUGGCCCCUCUCCACCGGGAUGGUCGCGCGACUCGUUCAUAGCUGUCCGAAUUUGGAGCAGCUUGCCCUCGCCACUGAAUUUUCUAGUAUGGAUUCACUGAGUCUACUAAUUCCCUUCCUACGCAAGUUGAAAGCGCUCCGGCUUCUCAUACCCCAAUCACCCGGACAGUCUCCAAAUGGACCUGGGAGCUCUGCACUGAAGACGUGGCGACCUGCACGAGACCCAGCCUCGUUUGAUUAUAAAAAGGUGCAAGCGAUUUUCGACAAUGCCAAGACUCUUGCAGAAGUGGUUGACAUUGACGACUUGCUCCUAACGGAAAUGUUGAGUUACGACCUAGCCAACCAACAAGUCUACGGAAACGUGAAGAUCAUUAGCAUAGGCUGGAAGGCCUGGGAAUUGAAAGAAUUCUACAAAUCCCCCAUCCCAGAGGCUCAAACACCAACAAAUGCAUCCCCAGAGACCACCACAGACAGCCCUGUUCCCACGCAAGACACCAACGGCAUUGGACUCAGUGUACCAGAUCAACCUGCUGUCGCGCCUAAAUCGCCCGGUACGCAGACAACACAGAUCUCCUCUUGGCCUCCCCGUUUAUCCGAUACAAGACCCGAUACACCGCGAUCAACAUUAGGGAAACGAUCACGUGAUCAAAAUGAUAGCGAAACUCCCAGACCAUCACCCAGCUGCCCGCCUACCUUCAAUAGGCGCGAAGACUGUGAAGAUAAUAGCGCUUUCUAUCCCGGCUGCUACCCGCACACCUAUUCCGAUGAUGGUUUCGUGUGGAGACGGCGUGCGCGACGGGUAGGGUGGGAGGUUCUGCAACAUUGGGAGGUGUGGGCGUUGGACGCGCAGGAGAUUUGA